AUGUUCCUCCGCCGCGCCUCGCGCGCAGCUGUUGCUGGCGUCGCUCGGCCUAUCCUCUCCGCAUCCUCAUUGACUGCCCGGCGUGUUCCCUUCCCAAACCCCUCCCUCGCUCGCCCACUCUCCUCAACCCCCUCGCUACGAUCGCGGACAAGCGUCAACCUCACAGGACUCAUCCCCGCGACCGACGCAGAAAUCCAGACAUUCCGCGACCGUACCUCUGGCGGGUUUACGGAAAAACACGGCGUGGCCAGCGACAUUGAGCCGGCCGGUUUCGACCCCAUCCCACCCCAGAACGCGCGCGGAGGGCGCGACGUCGCCGGCUGGCGCGCGCUGUACACUGGAACAGUGGGACCAAACUGGGUCAACCUCCACAAGACGAUGCAUGGGGGUUGCGCUGCGUGGCUCGUCGAUAACCUGACCGGCCGGGCUGUCGAGACUCUGGGAACCGACUCGUGGUGGGGACCCGGGGUCAGCAUCAACCUCGACAUGACGUACCAGUCGCCGGCGCCCGAAGGGAUGGUGCUCGAUAUUCUGGUUACAGUCGACCGUAUGACGGGGAGUAUUGCGUAUACGCGCUGUGAGCUGUUUGAUCACGCUACGGGCGAGCGGAUCUGCAGCGGCAACCACGUGCUCAUGUGGCGCAAGCCGAAGAAGUAG